GGGUAGAGGUGGAAGGGACAGGCCAGGGUACAGCCGACUCUCGGAAGAAACGACAGUCGCCACUCGACGCCUGCAGCGAACGGAGGGUAAGCUCUGCGCAGACGCGAGCCGCAUUUUUCGGACAGAGUGCAUUCGUUCGGCCGACGAACGAAGCGAUCGAAAACUGGUUUCGAACGUGGAUCAUGAUCCCGGGUCGCGUUAAGUCGGAUUAACGAGGGAUCCGUCAAAUUCCGCGCGAAUCACUCUAUCGUUCGGCACGGGGAAACGGAGAAACGUCGAGAAAUAAAAGAAACAGAAACGCCGUUCGAGGCUCGCGCGGUUGGAAACCGGACGGAGCCGCGACACCGAAAGUCCGAGAGAAAAGAAGCAGCGCGGACAGCUGGAGAAAACCUCCUCCAAAAGAAAAAUACGGCAUGUACUUGAAACUUAUGACAGUGAAUUUCAUCGAUCCGUAAGAUCCGAUCGAAAAUUGAAGUGGUACGGUGAAAAAAAGAGUGUCUUGGAAGACGCGCACGCACCGCGCGGGGCAGCCGGCUGGAACGAAAGAGGGAUAUUCGAACGUGGCACGCAUGUCGACAGAGUGAGAGAGAGGGAGAGAGAGAGGAAGAGAGAGAGGAGGAAAAAAAGAGCUCGUGAAAGUGUCCGCGCGACUGAAUUGUCAGUGAAGGAGACACGUCUGCCGGCGUCUACCGACGAUCUAUCGAUGGAACAGGUGCGAGCCACGUUUCCGAAGGCGAAACCGAACAGCAACAGUACCAGCUCGCUAAGACGGCGAGGAGUUAGCAGCCAGGAUGAAAUAACGCACCGGCGAACCAGACGCGGUUCGUAAUGACCGAGGAAACUGCAAACGAAUAAACUGGCUAGCGCAAUCUUUCACGGACACAUGAUUACCGGCAGGACGAAACAGUGGUCCUCUCUUGGCCGAAACGUUUUUCCAAGUGGACAACGACGACGUGUACCUUUGUAACCUUAAAACGCGUUGUGCUAUUGUGAGAGUGAUCUUUUCCUCUUUAUUCUUCUUCGUCGUCGUCGUCGUCGUGGUCGUGGUCUUCUUCUUCCGCUUCUGCCUUUUCUUGUUCGCCUUCUCUUCUUUGCGUGACCGAGUGGUUGUUGGUUUCUUGUUUCCCUCUUGGUGUACACGAGCACAGCUGAUCGCGAGUGCCGCAAGAAUCCCUUUGGGACUUGCGUACCGAACAAUCGUCGUUACCGAUUCAACGACCGAAGGCGAAACACUGGGAAACGUGGACUAGCCGUAGGAGCCACGGAAACGGAAUAGUCGCGCUAAAUAAAUAACGCCGCGGGACCACUGUCUGCGACACGAACUACUCGAAUGACGUCUCCAAUGUGUGAAGCCUCGAGAGGAAGGUGACGAGCAGGUUUCAUCCGAGAAUCUUCAAGAUACCUCGAACGGAUCCCGCAAGAAACCGUCUCCAAUAAAACGAAAAUGGUGGCGAUAAGCCAGCGACGAAGGCAUCCCCGAUGGAGAAUGCUAUUCGCCGUCGUUGUUUUCUCGAGUUUCGUCAGGCGGUGCGAGUUAACGUCCACAAAGAGAUUAACAGACGCCGGCUCCUCGUCCUCCUCGCCGUCCACGUUAUCAAGAGGACCCGGUGAAACGAGGUCUCAAAACCCGGGUUCACCGAACGAUCUAGCGUGGCAGGCUUGGCUCCUUGUAGAUUCCCAGACAGGAGUGUACUCGGGUUUGGACUCAGCGAGCUUCCUUCGACGGAUAACGCCGAAGAGCGUGUUCAUCGCUCCAGAGUUAUCAGCAUUGUCGCCUUGCGCGGACGGCUAUCAGGCAGACACGAUGGGCAGGUGCGUGAAAAACGUGAACAUCGAUCAGGAGGCUCACUUCGUGUUCCUUCUUCAGCAAUUAAACAACCGGUACGGCAAUCGGGCAAGUGGUGGCGAUACCUUCAACAACAAUCAGAAAAAAUCCAACGGACCUCUACAGUUGAACAUCCCCUUGCUGCCAAGCACGAACUCUCAGUCGUUAAAAGUUGACCACGAGGAAACCAGAGAUACCAUAAAAGUCCCUGUAGUGAUAUCUCCACAGGAGACCAAUCCAAUAGAAAACAACCGUCCACCGGAACCUGUUGUAAGAACCAAGGAUACGAACAACAGCAUUAAGUUGAAGGACGAAGAAUUCACGUUCUUCCCUGCUGAAUCUAGCAAUCCCUCUUUCGCCAAAGAUCGCGAAGAUGCUCCGUCGAAGUUUGAAGCUAUAGUUCCCGUAGCGGAGUUUCCCGUCGAUGAUGCGAACGAGACCAAUCCGAUCGAAGACAAGCAGCCACCGGAACCUGUUAUAAGAACCCAAGACACGAAGAAUAACGCUAAGUUAAAGGACGAAGAGUUCGAAUUCUUCCCCGCUGACUUUAGCAUUCCCUCUUCCGAAAAGGACAGCGAGGACACUUCGUCAAAGUUCGAUGAUAUAGAUCCCAUAACUGAGUUCCCUGUCGACGACGCGAAUGAGACCAGUCCGAUUGAAGAUAGGCACCCACCAGAACCUGUCGUGAGAAUCCAGGACACGAAGAACAGCACUAAGUUAAAAGACGAAGAAUUUGAGUUCUUUCCUGCUGACUUUAGCAUUACCUCUUCUGGCAAGGACCACGAGGACACUACGGUCCCCGUAGCAGAGUUCCCCAUCGACGACGUGAACGAGACUAAUCCGAUUGAGGACAAGCAGCCACAGGAGGCGGAGCUUACCGUGAGAACCCAGGAAGACACGAAUAACAGCACUAAGUUAAAGGACGAAGAGUUUGCGUUCUUCUUCGCUGACUUUAGGGUUCCCCCUUCCGGCAAGGAUCGCGAGGACGCUCCGACAAAGUUUGAUGAUAUAGUCCCCGUAGCAGAGUUCCCUGUCGACGACGCAAACGAGACCAACUUCUCCGAGGUGGUUGACUAUAAGAUUCCGAUCGACAUGAAAGUGAUCAACAUCAGCGACGUGCAAAGUGGUUUAAAGAAUGGGUCGCAAUUUUUGAACGCAACAGAAGCGUCGCCCAUGUUGAUCCUUCUCCCAUCAGCAACGACGUCGCCUAACUUGGUGAUCCCUGACAUAGAGGACCCAGAACCUGACAACGACACGAAUCACAUGCCAACUGCUUGGGAGAGCAACGCGACAAAGAAUGUUACCGAUAAAGAGGUUGAAGCGGCCUGAAAUGGUUGUGGAAGGUAGAAGGAAUAGGAAAAGAUUAGGAGAGAGGGAGAGAGCGUUUCGUCAGGGAUCUACCAGUGGACUCAUCAGUAAGGCUUUCUGGUAGACCCGUACUUUAGUCGCAGGGACGAGUAUUGGAGGUUUACGGACGGUAUAUAUACAAAUCGGGAAGGACUUGAGCAGGAUCGAGAUAGGCUCUUAGAUCUUCGUAGCCCUAUAUUGACAGAGUAUAGAAAGGUGCCGCCACAAGUUCUUACAUUCAAGCGUUAAAUCUAAAAACGAGAAGUACAGUUCCAUUAAAGAAAGAAAAAGCAUUUCAGAUUGUCGAUCAUAUUAACCAAGGCCACACGAAUUGAAAGAAAAAACACGCAACGCUUCUAAACACUCUUCCUCUACAUCUCUCCAACCACUCGAGAUUUUCUUGUCCGCAAUCACACUUUCCCAAAACAUAUCGGCGCCAUCCAGUCGCAAGACGACACUGUCCACACGUAUAGACAGUCGACCAUUCACAUUCUACAUGUAUGUAUAAUUACAUAUGUAUGCGUAACACGAAUUUAGCAGAAAACAUUGAAAUUAGACCAAAGAAAACAUUCUUUUACAUCAUUGAUAGCUGCGGGCAUAUAUUCGAAGAGCGUUGCUGGAAAUCGUGUUUCUCCCUGCCACCAUCUUGGAAACACGGUAAUCCAUAAUUCGAAGGUACCAACGCGAUUCUCAUACAUUUUUCCUUUCUCUCGCUCACGGCGGACUUAGCGUCCACUUUUCUCCAUUUCUCAGUUCUCAAAAUCGUUCAUCGAUCCUUCGCCAAUCGUCGAGAAGCAUCCGAAGGGAUCACGGUCGACCACGAUUCACACGAUUCAAUACGUGUGUCUCCGUCACCCCGUCGACCGUAAGUACGUAUUGAUCAGCCCGCCGCGCCGAUCGGGUUCGAAUCUCGGCUGGCACGCAAAUCGCACGCAAGUCGGCUAGGGUUCACGACUCUUAAUUUAUUUGGCACAGUUCCACAGUCUUUGGACGUUCCCACUGAGAGCGGCGGGGCGUGCAAGACACGGAAGCCGACCUGUCGGCGACGCUCUGUCGUCUGCCGAUCAGGCGUGCCCCGCAAGCUCGAUGCCCCCCCAAAAUUCUGAGGAUCAUCGAGCGGACAACAGUUUGCCGACAGUGGCUCUUUAAGAGGAAGAGACCUGCGGGUACCUGUUGUUCGUGUACGUUUGGCUGAUCGCCGUCAUGCUAUUAGAGUCCCGGUCCCAAAAAGAAAUCGAGAUCGGCGGCUGCCUCUGCCACUAUCUGCGCGUAGUCACUUGUUGGCUCGAUGGCGCCUACUGCUGCCGGGUAGCCGUUUUCCAAGAGGACGGUCCCCGGUAUAAUAGCUUCUGAUGGCCGAACACGCUGCUCUUCGUGCUGGAAUGUAGUCCGUCGUCCAGUGGGUAUUGGACUCUUUUCUUGUAAUCCUACCUGUGUAUGCUGUUCACUUCCUACGACGGGAAUUUCACCAGUUUCUUCGGAUACUCGAGGUGUCUGUUCUCUUGCGUCUGAAGCUUAGUGUUUGGAAGCUUAGCGAAGGUUCUGAAAGAACUCGAGACUUUUGGUUUAUUUAAGAACGCAGGCUUUUUGUUGUCCAAAGUUGCUUUGUUCGCCGAUCGUGUGAAUCUCGGUGAUAGGAACUUCUUCGCCAAAGCGUUCCCGAAAUGCAGGGUUAUAUAAGAGAGACUCUGAAGAUGAGGGUGCAGCCUCUAGUUCGUUACUUUUGGCGCACCUUUUCGCAGAAUAGGUGUCGAGCGCACUUUUUUUUAGGUAUUUAUGUUGCCUUUGGGAAGGCGAUAGUUUUCCCAAAGACUCAAAUUUAUUAAUGCAUCCAAAUUUUUCUGGAACGUCUGGUCGAAUGGUACUCGUGAAGGUACCGCAAUAUAAUUUUACUUUUGCCGCGGGAGUUGGCUAGCGUAUCUUUUUUUAAUUUUAGGGAAGUGUUAGACAGCAAGAGACAUUGAAGCUCUUUGUCUACUGUGCUUCUGCGAUUUUUGUGAUAUCGACGCACGUUGCGUCGUGAACGUCUUCUACGCGUGAUAGAGCGUCUGCUACGAUAUUAUCUUUCUUGACGAUAUGUCGUAUGUCUGUUGUAAAUUGUGCUAUGUAGUCUAAGUGUCUGAACUGUCGCGGAGUACAUUUCUCUGACCACUGUUUAAAGGCGUAAACCAGAGGCUUAUGGUCCGUGAAUAUAAUAAAUGACUGUCCCUCUAGUAGAUGCUGGAAUUUACGAACGGCAGUAUAUAUAACUAAUAAUUCACGGUCAUACGCGUUAUAUUUUCGUUGUGUGGAUGAGAGGUUGACGUAACACUCCUUCUAAUAACAAUUGUUUAAACUUGUCUUUCACGAUUUUUAAUAUGUUAGGAGCGAGUCUCUGUGGCUUGGCGAAUACCGGAGAUCCACUUGUAGUUUUGAUACAGUGCGUUAUACUAUGUUUUAUUCCGACAUUCGUUUGCGACGGACGAGUUAUAUCUACAGAAUUUUCGGUUCCUAUUUGUCCGCGCACGGUUAAGUUUGUAGUAUUAUCUAUGAGACGUUUACAUUUAUAUCGAUCAACAAGCCGUAGUACCGUAAAAAGUCGGUUUCGAGAUAUCCGCUAUUAUAAAUUUCCACAUGAAAACGCGAUGCAACAGAAGGUACAGAACGAUGUCACCACACGUCGAGAUGGUCGACUCCUUUACCGCAUACAAUGUAUAAUUGUUUUUGCGCGGGCGCUCUUUUAUUAAUUAUUGCGGAUAGACAUAUCUAUCGGCGCUUAUAUCUAUAAGGUACUUUACCUUCGUCUCUCUUUCGCUUAUAAAUAGGCGGCUUGCUCUCUGCCGCAUUUAUGGUCGACCGACUUCGCUUCUCUAGUUGUUGUUGUAAUUGCAGAGGGUCAUAUACCUCGUUGAACGUUCCUUGAAUCGCCGAUGGUACCAGCACACUCUCGAUUCAGACGGGCUCCUAGACCUAUUCCAUUUCUUCCACCUUCUAUGGGCUGGACUGCGUGAUCUGCUUCGGUGGCGUAUUUGGACGUUCGCGACGCUUUGUGCAAGUUCAGCGACUUGCUGCGUCAGACAUGACAUUUGGUCGCAUAGUACGUCGAACCGAGAGUCAGGUGUAUUUACCGCCGCGCACUGUCCGGUAGGAUUGAACUCUUUAAUCUUAUCUGCGAGUUCGGCUAUUUUUUCGAGCGGUGAGUCUAUUCGUGUCGCCAAUAUGGACCGUGUCGACGAAGGAAGCCUGUUCAGCCAUAUUGUUAUUAGAAAUUCGUCCGGUACGGAGGAAUGCCAAUUUCCUGAUGUGUCGCAGGAACUGCGAUGGUGUCCGGUCUCCUUUUCUUCGCGCUCCAGUAACUGUAUACGCUGCUCUUGCGACGUGGACAAUCUUCUAAUCAGCUCUUCCUCCAACCGGCCAUAUUUUCCUUUGUCGGGUGGGUUUUGCACCACGUCUUCUACCUCCUGCAUGCACUUGAGGUUAAGGUAUGACGUGACGUAAUAAAAUUUUAUUGUGUUGGUCGUUACACCGUUCAGGGCAAAUUGUCCUUCCAGCUGCUGAAACCACAGCACUGGAUUGUAGUGCCAGAAGGGUGGUACACGGAUUCCCACCUUGAAUACGUCAGCUGAGAAUGCGGUUUGUGGCUCCAUUUUAUCAGAGAGAAAGAAAAAUAAGAGAAACUAUAAUUCACUCUUAUUCACUUCGAAUUUCACUAUCAGGUCGGAGUCACCAAUUGUAACGCGUUGGGUUACAAGGAGAAUAAGUCGGUACUCUAUAAUUUUAUAUCACACUUUAUUUUUACAAAAUGCAAAACACAGGCAAUACACAGCGCGAGAAUACAAAAGUGGUGCACAGCUGCAGGUUACUGUAGCUUUUUACGGAAUAGAUGCCAAGCGCACUUUUUUCGGUGUUUAUGUUGUCUUUGGGAAAGCGUUAGUUGUCCUGUGGCGGCACCUCCCCACACUCCGCCAAUAGAGGGCUAUGAGACCUAAGAGCCUUUCUCGCUCCUGCUCAGUCCUUACCUAAUUUGUACAUAUACACUCUGUAAACCUUUAAAACUCGUUCUCGUGUGUAAGAUACGGGUCUACCAGAAAGCCUUACUGAUGAAUCCACUGGUAGAACCCGGACGAAACGUUCUCUCCCUCUCUUCUUCUUUUUUCAGAUUCCUCCCUCCUUCACAAUCUUUUCAGGCCGCUUCAUUCCCAAAAACUCGGGGGUGGAGUUUUCUUUCUGAGUUGCCGCCUUUCGUUGGCGGGGGAAAACUCCCUUGCUGCUGGCUUUUUUGGCCUGGUGGUGCUUGCGUGAUUUUUGGGACUUGCCUCGGUUGCGCUGACCGCGCAGCCG